AUGUCUCCAUUCUUAACCUUUGGGAAUAUUCGCCGAAGGAAUAUCUACCCAUCACCAACAGCACUGCCGCCGACCUCACCACCACUACCUCCUCCGCCAAGCUAUCAAUCCAUCCAAGAACAAGAUCAGAAACCAAGUCUUCAUCGUUAUUUCAUUCAACAGAAGUUGACUACGCAUGAAUUUAUCCAUCUUUUGAGUUUGAUCAUUAUCGUUGAUCUUACGAUUAUAAUCUUAGUACAUCUUCAGGGACAAUUGUGGCUCCCAUUCUGCCUUUCCUCCAUCAUGUGGUACAUCGUAGGAGAUGGACAAUCUUACAGCCAUAUCCCGGUCGACAGGUAUAUAUUCCCAACUACGUUCAGAGAGAUAUUCCUCAGGAAAGACGUCCUCCUGAAAUCCACUCUGAGGACGUUGGCCUGGGUGAACAACUUACUAUUUUCCGCAUGUUUGUGCAAAGUACUUUAUAGGUUGGAUACACCUUGCGUUUAA